CGAGGGAGUUCGUAAUGUCUGGGGCUCUGACCAACAAAGCGCUCAGUGCGGCGGCAAAGGGCGACCUGGCCACGCUAAAGGCUCUGCGAGACCAAAUAGAUCUCAACAAGACCACAGACAAGUUCGGGGCCACGCCGGUCCACUACGCCGCUCGUGCGGGGAAGGUUGACUGCAUCAGAUGGAUGGUGCAGACUGCGGGUCUCAGCGGGAACAGAGCGGCCAACAACGGAGCGACCCCCGCGCACGACGCCGCGGCCACGGGUCAGCUGGACUGCCUCCAGUGGCUUGUGCAGACUGGAGGCUGCGAGGCAACGGGCCGCGACGUCUGCGGUGCCACGCCCUUACAUCUGGCCUCAAGGUUUGGCCACCUGCCAGUGGUGGUAUGGCUGGUGGAGACUGAGGGGUGCUCUGCCACAGAUAAGGCCCAGAAUGGAGUCACUCCUGUCCACCUUGCCGCAGCCAAGGGCAGCAUCAACUGUCUCCGCUGGCUCACUCAGAAUAAUCUCUCGUCUGUGAACAAACGUGCAGACAAUGGGACAACUCCAGUGUACUUUGCAGCACAGGAAGGACGACUGGAAUGCCUGAAGUUUCUCAUUGCACAGGUUGAAGGUAACCACCGCCUGAGAGCAAGUGACGGGAUGGCUCCGAUCCAUGCAGCUGCCCAAAUGGGACAACUCGAAUGUCUGCAAUGGCUGGUGAAAAAUGUCAGGGUUUCUCCAAUGGAGAGGGAUAACGAUGGAGCCACACCACUUCAUUUUGCUGCUGCCAGAGGUCACAUAGAGGUCAUAGAGUGGCUCCUCAAGCAUGGAGCUAAGGUGGAAAAGGAUGAUCUUGGAGGAACUCCGCUUCACGAUGCUGCAGAGCAUGGCCAAUUGGGGGCUCUAAAGGUGUUGCUGUCCACAGGGGUAGACCACACGACACAGGAUCUGGAUGGGCUCACUGCUGCUGAUCUGGCCCAGGAGUGUGGCCACUCUGCAUGUGCCCAGUUCCUCAAUGACUAUGAACCUCCUCCCCUGCCUGACAUAAUGUUGAACAGUAACUAUGUACUUCCUGAUGACGAUGGAUUUGAGUCAAUCUCUUCCACAAAUCUGACCAUCAAGUCUGGCCUCCUAAACAAUCACUCCGCUCAGAAGUCAAUCAGCAAAACGACGACUAGAACAGUCAGCUCCCUGCAGACAAAAAAGCAACAACAGCCCUCACCUCUCCAGCAGUCCAGCAUGACAGGGAGGGAGAGAAGAAACUCGGGCAGCAAACGACAGGAAAGGGGAAACACCGGUGGACAGAGCUACACGGAACAGCAGCAAAUGCUCGCCAGGAAUAGCAAAAGCGACGGAAACGAACUCAAAAACGUGUUUGCUAAGCUGCAGAGUAAAUCGGUGGCGCAGAAGUUGCGAGAGCACCUGGAGGAGGAGGAGGCAGAGGAGGCUCGGCCAGCCAAGGAGGACAGGAGGAAGGAAGAUAAACAUUGACACUGACCCUGAUGGAGAGGACUCCACAUCAGCUUUGAAAACUACACAAACUGAACAGAUGGUCCACACUGCAGAUUUGCCAAUCCAAGACCCGGAGUUGAUGACGGAGGUUCGCACAUUUGAGUCUGAAGGUCUCAAAUCUGUACCUCAGCGCAGAAAAAAUCUCAAUCCAAUAAAACUGGGACAUGUGGUGGAGGAGACAGACUCAGGAGCCAAAACAAAGACUGGCCAAUUCCAGCGACAACCGCAAGAAGACAGUGAGACACACAUGGUAAUCUAUGAUCCACACUUUCAUUAGCUUUAAUAAUCACAGGGACAAAGGCAGAGGAGGAGGUGGAAGAGGAGAUGGAUGAUGGGACGCCACUUUGGAAGAAGGCUCUAAUGAGGAAGAGAGCUGCAGAGCAGAAGAAGAAAGAUGACGAACUUGCAAGAAAGGCAGAGGCAGAGAAAGAGAAAUGGAAAGACGUGCCAUCAUGGAAAAGAGCUGUUUUUGAGAAAAGAGGAGCUCAAAAGGAGCAGGAGAACAAGACGAUGGUUGAGGUGAAGCAGAAAGAGAAGGAGAAGCAGGACAUUUUUGAUGCCCUUCCAGAGUGGAAAAAGAGACUCUUACUAGAAAAGAAAUCCUAAUUGAUGUAUACUUCUACACCUCCAUUAUUAUUAUAAUAUACAUCAGAAUGUUAGUAUAUACUCUGUGUAGUGAUCAGUCAGAUCUUACAUGAUUCUCGUACAUAAAAUACCUCAAAAUAAGCC